AUGCAAUGGUGGACCCACCUCUGGCUGAAUGAGGGCUUUGCCUCGUGGAUUGAGUAUCUGGCAGUGGAUCAUUGUUUUCCAGAGUACGAUAUUUGGACCGUCUUUCUCGCUAAUAACGUGUCAAGCGCCAUGGCAACAGAUGCACUGAAGACCAGUCACCCCAUAGAGGUUGAGGUGCAUUCGCCUGACGAAGUGGAUGAGAUAUUUGAUGCUGUCUCCUAUAAAAAGGGCUCCUCCAUCAUCCGUAUGAUUAACGACUACCUAGGAUCAGAGAAAUUUACGAAAGGCCUUCAACUCUACAUCCAAAGCCACAAGUACGGCAAUACGACGACAGAGGAUUUGUGGAAUGCGUUGUCUGAGGUUUGCGGUGAAGACGUGGGCAGCAUCAUGUCGACGUGGACACGGCAAGUGGGUUUUCCCGUCCUGACGGUGCACAAAGUGUGCGACACCGUGGAUGACGGACUUGUCAUUGCCAUUCAGCAGGAUCGUUUCCUCACCGAAGGCGGUUACAACGGUAACGGCAAUCACAUGAACACGCCGUCCACUCAUGGUGACACGUCUGCGUGGUAUGUGCCAGUGACGAUAUGUGAGGCCGCGGAUUCGACCAAGGUGUUGAAGCGCGUGUUGGUUCCACCAUCAGCACGGACAGAGGCCUUUCAUGUGCACUUGCCUGGCGGAUCACAAAUUCGGUUGAACCCAGGUGUUGUAGGCUUCUAUCGUGUGCAGUACGAGGGUAGUUUGAUGGCACCGAUAUUGGAGGCGUUGGGAGAGGGGCGUUUGGAGCAUCGCGAUCGGCUGUGUGUAUUGGCAGAUGCCUUCGCUUUGGCGCGUGCUGGUCGUGUGCGAAUGACGUCAGCGCUGACAAUGGCUUCGUCGUUGCACUGCGAGGGCGAUUACGUCGUUUGGUGUGAGUUGCGUGAGCAAUUGGGCAAACUUCGCAGCCUCAUUCAGGAGAGGUGUGCGACAUCAAAGGACGCAGGCGGGACGGGGGUCAUCACACCGUUUGAAGGGGCUCUGAACACCUUCAUUAUCCACCUGGCUGAGCCCUCCUUCAAACGCUUGGGUAGG